CGGAAGUGGGUUGAACAAUUAAUUACAUUUAAAUUGGGGUACUAUUAUAUAUUAUUUAAUAGUGGAAACCUCCUUACCUGCCACCUGUCUUCCUUCCUCUAGUCUUCACUGCUACGGAAGUUGUUAUACUUACUAAUCUAUAUGACACAAGUUGCAUGAGGAGUGAAGUUACAUGCAAGAAAGAGGCGCAAAAGCUAUCAAAGCUGCAACUGUGGGCAAAAGCCGCAAAGCCAUAGCUACCAGGAUUUGCAGAAAAUUGAAGAAAAUUCCACUGCUGGGUGAUCAUCUCUAUACACUUCUGUUGCAGGAUUUGAUACCCCAUUUGCCUCAGCCCCUAGGAAUUUUUUGUUUACUUUGGAAAGUUACUCUGAAAAAUUUCUGCUUGCUAUUCUAAUGCCUGAGUUCAAAAGCCCACAAUUAGCCUAAGAAUUGAGGUUACUGUCAUAAGCUAUAACAAUGGCUUCACAGAAAUCCAUCAGUAAAGUAUCUGGCAGCGAAGCCCUAAGGAGAAAAGGAAACGAGAUAUACCGACAGGUGUCCAAUAGCAGUUAUGGACCUUGCAUUCUCAGACACAAACUAGCAAGAGCUCAUCAGUUAUAUGAAGAAGCACUCGAUGCUGCAGGAUCCACCGAUAGCAAUGAGAAAGCUUCGUGCUACAAAAAUUUGGGUUCAGUGAACUGGCUAUGGGGAAAGGCAGAAUGGAACAUAUACAUGAAAGAAGAGGGAGGAAAUGAAGCUUUGACAGCCAUCUGGGCUGCCAAACAGCACAUAUCAAAGGCUUUUGAGUUCCAUAUACUGGCUCUUGAGUUUGGGGAGCUUGGAAAGAAACCCUUAAUAUGGCUGAAACAAGAAGAAGAUACCCUAACCAAUAUUAUUGAAUGGGUUAAGGAACAGCUCUCAAAAUACAAUAUAUGCUUUGAGCCCGUAUUGGUGGAGCUAUGUACAGCAAUGGAAAACGCAGGGUCAACAAGCAGCCAAAGGAAAAAGCAAUUAGCAACAAUUCUCUUUUGUCUUCGCCUGGAAUUCGUUUUCAAGCAGAGCAUCAAAUGCAUUGUGGAGGACACUGAAGGGAUAAGAAUGGAAGACAUCGUUUACAAUCGCUGUUUGAGUAAACUCAAGGAUUGUUACCCACCAUUAGUGAAGGCAGAGGGGAUUGUGUAUUCUACAGAAGACAAGAAUUUGAAAAAAGAAUUUGAGAGCCUGAAAGAGCAGGUUUCACUUUAUCAAUGUAUAUGUGAAUCAGUACAAGCACGCUGUCAAGGUGAUGAUUUGCUUAAGAAAGCUUUGCUCGACUCUGAAGAAGUUUGUAUAGAGCUUGUGUGGGACGCCAUUGAUUGGUACAGGCAUUCUAUUUCUCUCAGCAAAUACAAAGAUCUUGAAAGUGAAGCCAUUUCACUUAGCCGUAUUGGUAAAGUGUAUUCUUCUGUGUUGAAAUUGGACAAGCAGGCCCAUCGUUACCAUUAUGAGAGUAUCAAAAUUGCCUUGGCUAUCAUGAGUCCUCAUAUAGCAGAGUCUGAGUGGUACAAAUACUCAUUGCACAAGGUUGAUGAGCACCAGAGGAGGAAAGUGGAGGAGGAGAAAAAUGAAUAUAAAAGAAGGCAUGAAGAAGAUGCAAAAGGGCUUCAAGAACCCAUUAAUGUAAUUAAGCGUGAAGGGGAAAAGAGUGCAGAGUAUUUCUUGAUGUUCAUUUACAAGGAGCACAGUCAUCCAGAUCCCAGAAAGCGAGUGAUGGGUAACAUUGGAACUAAAGACAAUGUUAAAGCGGCUCUUAGAAAAGCCAUAGUAGCAUACCAUCCUGAUCAUAAUGGCCAAUAUGAACGGGACUGGCAGGUUCUGUGUGAAGAGAUAUCAAAGAUUCUGAAUCGCAAAUAUGAGAACUUUAAGUGAGAAACAGUGAACUCUGUUCAGUAGAGAUUGUUCUUAGAAUAUUAGAAGACUUUUUUUAAACCUUCUUGUUAUGGGUGGUUUGGAAAUGUCAAGUGAAUCUAUCAAUCAAAGAUUCCACCAGUUGGGCUUGACGACUUUGCCUUAAACGAUGAGAACAAUCUAAGAGUAAGAUUUGUUUUGAUGGAUAUUGCUGAGAUCCGCUAAAAAUCGUAAAGAUUAAAGAAUGCUUUUCUAGUUUUGGAACUGUCUUGUAGUGUCUUUAAUGGCUAUGAAAGUGUUGGUUUGAGUA